CUGGUUCCUUUGGCCUCUCGGUUAUCGCCCCUUUGCAUCGCAUCUGCAGAUACCCGCGUGCGCCAUGGGUCUCCCACUCUUCGUUGCGCCUGUUGAGACCGAUCUACCCGCCAAACAAGCGCCAAAGCAUGAUGCGCUUUCUCUUGCUCGCUCCAGCAUCAGGCGCUCAACGUAUGUGGAAAGGCGCGAUCGACGGCAGCCCAGAAGACGACGCAUUUCCGACCUGCCGGCUUCUGCCCCCGGACGCGAGGCGCUGAGAGAGGUGACUUCUGGGGGCGAACGGCAGAGGGACGGGCUGGAGGAACGGAUGAGCUCCCUCUAUGGUGGUACUUGGCGCGACGCACACGGCAUCCGCGGCUUCGAAACCUUGCCGAGAACAGAAGAAGACGGCCAGGAAGGCAGCAUCGGGUGGUGGAGUCCUGACCCUCGACUGCGGCCUAGGCAUGCGCGCAUCGCCGUGAUGAGCAACCCUAGGCGUAGCCGCAGUCCCCUUCCCCCAUCGAUAAUCUCCAGUAGCUUCACCCCUAGCAACCGCCUUCCCUCGUCUCGUCUUCUUGGCGGAGAGCUGGAAAGGAUACCUUUUGAACCGUCAGCGUCUCUUGACGACGUUUCCACUUUGGACAGAUACAGAUCUCUGCGCAGAAACCAGUCACGAAUGUACCGAGCCUUGCUAUCUAGGCGCUCCCAGCCUGAAGACCGCCAUUCGCGCCCUCAACCGGUUGAUGGCCUGGGAGACCGCGACAGAAGCCUGAGCCCGGAGGGUUGGGAUACCUUGCGCUCAACACUGACGCCUGAUCCACAGCCGCCCAGCGCAGGUUCUUCGUUUGCAUCUGCGGCGGCCACCACCCAAGGCGCGGGCCCUGCUAACCCUCCUCCCACCGCUCCAGAACUGCCUGACGGGGCCAUGGAUCCUGCUUGCGAAUCCGGCCACGAAAAUUCCGACGACGAGGAUACCUUCUUCGGGUACCCUGGAUAUCGCGGCAUUCGUCACGCACACCGACGAAUCCGUCAAUUAGUUCCCGAAUACAAUUUGGAUGGGCCAUCGGACGGGCCACGUUCCCAGCAAACUCAAUCGUCGGGGCCCUCGGGCGAUGUUCUGGCAAAUCAUUAUUCCCAGCUAUUGUUUGGACAGACCUCGCACACAGGAUCGGAGGACGAAAGAAUGCUUGAUCGGCUCCGAAUAAUCCGUGAAAGAUCCUCUGGAGGCGGGCCAAACACUCAUUCAGGAGAUGAAGAAUGGGUAGGCAUGCAGCGAAUCGUUAGGAACCUCGCGGCAAGAGAGGACAUCCCAGACGAAUGGUGGGCUGGGGCUGGCCUUAAUCGGACACUGCCUCGAGAGGGGUCAAACUGAGAGAUUUCCAUCUACCAGGCAUUACCCAUUCGCAAAGUAAAGCAGCGUGCUUUUCGAGAUCGUGAAUGCAUACGUAUCGCUGCUUAAAAUUCAUUCAUUGGUCAAUGACUGAUUUAUUGGCUCAGUUGUUUAUUUGUUUGUCUGUUUAUUCAUUCAUCGGCUCCCCUUAUUCUAUUUUUAUUUUCGCUCUCUUUCAACAUUAGCAUGGAAGAGAGUUCGACAACAGCAGACUGUGAUGUUGAGAUUCACAACAUGGAAAUGACAUGAAUGACUAUAAUAAUGCAAUGGGUUUGGGGGAAAGGAAAGCGUUGGGAAAAGCGUGAUGUUGGCAUUAUAUAUCUACUCGUAUAUCGCGGGCUCAAAGAAGCCCCUAGCGCUCAAGGGAUACAAUUAAUAAAAAUCCACAUACUAGUAGUUUGCCUAGGUUCAUUGUC